AUGGCUGGGCAACCGUUAGUGUGUUCAAGUGAGCAGCAGCCAGGGCAGGUGUUGGAUGAAUGUCCAACAUGCCUCAGAAGCAGCAAAAAAUUGCCGAAGAACUUCUGCCCCAGAGACAUAGGCUAUCAAGUCGCUCACGACGAAAUUUUUCUUAAAUUGAUCAUUUCUGAGCAGGUAGCUUUCAGCGCAAUACCCAUCGAAGUGGAGAAAUCACAAGAUAUUUAUUUCCUGACAUCGGCAGCAGCCAUUCUGGAAGUGUAA